UGUAUAUCAUGAACACAGAUAUGAUUCCAAAAUUCACCUCGAAAGACGAGGAGAUUGACUUCUGGAAGACUCUUUCCCUCAAGUACAAGAAAAAUUGCCAGGAGGCCCAGGAGGAGCUGCUGGAGUUUCAGGAGGGCAGCAGAGAGCUGGAGGCAGAACUGGAGACCCAGCUGGGCCAGGCCGAGCACCGCACGAGAGUCCUGCACUCUGAAAACAGCAGGCUUAAGAACGAGGUGGACUCACUCAAGGAAAAACUGGAGCAGCAGUAUGCCCAGAGCUACAAACAGAUCAACAUGCUGGAGGAUGACCUGGGACAGACCCGGGGCAUCAAGGAGCAGCUCCACAAAUACGUGCGGGAGCUCGAGCAGUCCAACGACGACCUAGAAAGAGCCAAGAGGGCUACAAUUGUGUCCCUGGAGGACUUUGAGCAGCGUCUGAACCAGGCUAUCGAGAGGAACGCCUUCCUGGAGAGCGAGCUGGAUGAGAAGGAGUCCGUCCUGGUCUCAGUGCAGAGAUUGAAAGACGAGGCCAGAGACUUGCGUCAGGAGCUCGCCGUCCGAGAGCGAAGUACGGACGUAACCAGGAUGUCGGCGCCCACCUCACCCAUCCAGGAGGACAAUGACAAGAUGGAUUACUCUGUCCAGGCCUCACUGUCUCUCCCCGCAACGCCGCUCGCAAAGAGUCUGGACAAUGCCUUCGCCAACACCACAGAGUUGUCCAAUGUCCUUGGUAACUCGCUGACUCCCUCUGCUAGAAUAUCAGCCCUCAACAUCGUCAGUGACUUGCUACGGAAAGUGGGGGCUCUGGAGUCUAAGCUGACAGCCUGCAGGAACUUUGCCAAGGACCAGAAAGCCAGGAACUCUUAUGCCAUCACGGAAAACGGAAAUGUGAUCAACGGCAACACAGCCAAGUUCUCCCAUACACUCCACACGACAUCGUCAUACUACGACAAAACCAGGGCGGUGAAUGGCCUGGACCCUGGCACACUGACAGCCAUCACAGCACCCCCCUCUCCCUCCCCCCCUGACCUACUGCCUCUCAUUGUGUGAUGGUGACAGACAGUACCACUGCCAAGCCCCCCCCGCCCCCCCAACACCUUCCUCCUCCCUUCUGCCAAUGGACAAGAAUAUGUCUUAAAACAGAAAACAUUGUGUUGACUUUCAAGUAAGGACAUAAAAAUGGCCGGCACGAUUAAACACUUUUCACAUACUGUAAUACUGGCCCCUCUUUGCAGUCACUACAUAUUAACAGGCUGUCUUUGUGUCAUUCUGACCCUUUAGUGCUUGUGGGGCUAUUGUAGAGGAAACGGUGAGGGAUUCAAAUAUAUAUUGAGUUUACAAAACAUUAAGAACACUUCCUAAUGUUCAGUUUUACCCCUUCCCUUUUGCCCUCAGAACAGCCACAAUUAAUCUGGGCAUGGACUCUACAAGGUUUCGAAAGCAUUCC